GCGAAGCCGUCGUCCAAAUUUCCAGUGAGUCAAGCUGCGAUUCUGCGAAACGUUAUCGUCCAAAUUAACAAAAACAUCUCCAUACCAGGGCAGGGCAUACUACUAGGACGACCGUUUACGAACUUGAGGUCAACAACUGCCCAAAAUGCCUACCAUUUCCGUGGACAAGUACGACCUCUUCGAGGCCCUCGGUCAAAAGUACACGACCGAGGAGUUCGAAGAGUUAUGCUUCGAAUUUGGAAUCGAGCUAGAUGAGGAUACCGAGAACGAAGAUAGACCCAUCGUCAAUGGCCAACAAGAACCUCCCACCCUCAAGAUCGAGAUACCGGCCAAUCGCUAUGACAUGCUCUGCUUCGAGGGCAUUGCUCUCAUGCUCAACAUCUUCCGAGGGAAGACCCCGACGCCCAACUUCAGAUUGACCACACCAGCCAGUGGCGAGCUCCAUACUAUCACAGUGCGGGAAGAUACUAUGAAAGUCCGGCCUCUGGUUGCUGGUGCCAUCCUAAGGAAUGUCAAGUUCACCCAGAAGACGUACGACUCCUUCAUCGCGUUACAAGACAAACUGCACCAGAACCUCGCCCGCCAACGUACGUUAGUAGCUAUCGGCACGCACGAUCUGGAUACGGUCAAGGGUCCGUUCACAUACGAGGCGCUGCCGCCCAAGGAAAUUGAGUUCAUACCCCUGAACCAGACCAAGAAGAUGAACGCCGAGGAGAUGAUGCAGUUCUACGAGAAGGAAUCCAAACAUCUUGCCAAGUUUCUGCCAAUCAUCAAGGACAAGCCCGUCUACCCCGUUAUCUACGACGCAAACAGGGUAGUAUGUUCUAUGCCGCCCAUCAUCAACGGCGACCACUCUAAGAUCACCCUUGACAGCAAGAACGUUCUCAUCGAAUGCACGGCUACAGAUGCCACCAAGCUGGAAAUCGUCAUCAAUAUGAUGGUGACCAUGUUCUCCGUCUACUCCGAGGAGCAGUUCACAGUGGAGCCGGUGAAGGUAUUGUCCGAUCACAACGGACAAACUAGAAUCACACCCAACCUAUCACCACGGAUAGAAAAGGUUGAAGUUGACUAUUUGAAUAACUGCCUGGGUCUCCAGGAGUCGCCGGAGACAAUAUGUGAACUUCUUUUCAAGAUGGCUCUGUCUGCCAAGCCGUCAAGCGACAAGAAUAUCAUCGAAAUCUCCAUCCCACCAACAAGAGCAGACAUCCUUCAACGGUGCGAUAUAAUGGAAGACGUUGGUAUUGCAUACGGCUUCAACAAACUCCCACGCAUGUCAGUCAACAAGACCGUCGGCGCACCCCUGACUCUCAAUAAGCUAGGCGACAUUGUCCGUCUAGAGUGCGGCAUGGCCGGCUGGUCCGAAGUCAUGCCCCUGAUCCUAUGCAGCCACGACGAGAACUUUGCAUGGCUAAGGCGCCACGACGACGGCAAGACCGCUGUGCGUCUAGCCAACCCAAAGACACAAGAAUACCAGAUCGUGCGCACGUCCCUGCUCCCGGGACUCCUCAAGACGAUCCGCGAGAACAAGUCCCACAGCGUGCCCAUCAAGGUCUUCGAGACAUCCGACGUUGUCUUCAAGGAUGAGUCGCUCGAGCGCAAGGCCCGCAACGAGCGGCACUUCAGCGCGGCAUGGUACGGCCGGUCCUCGGGCUUCGAGGAGGUGCACGGCCUGCUCGACCGCGUCAUGCUGAUGCUGCGGCAGGCCUUCCUCACACGCGAGGAGGGCAUCAAGUCGGGUGGCAGCAUCGACUUCAAGGUCGUCGAGAACCACCAGAAGCGCGACGGCUACUGGCUUGAACCCAUCGACACCGACAAGGAGCAGACUUUUUUCCCUGGGCGCGCGGCGGCGAUUUACCUCAGCAUUGGGGGUAAGGCGGCGAGGAUAGGGGAGUUUGGUAUCUUGCACCCGGAGGUGCUGGAGAAGUUCGACUUGAAGUAUCCGGUUAGUACGUUGGAGGUCAACUUGGAGGUCUUCUUAUAGUAGAAUGGGCAAAUUGGUUGGGAGAAAGAAUAUAAAAUACAAGAGCUUUGAGUUAUGUAAACAGGCUCGUCGACUGUAGAUGAAUGAUGAAUGGAUACAUGGAUGCCCGC